AUGGUAAGUAUGGUUAGUACUUUUAGUUUUUCUUGGUUUAUACCCAGUUGUACUAGGGGUUUGAAACAUAGGAAACGUGAAAUUUCUGUAACUUCUCAGAGACUACCCAUAGAACUGGUAACUUUCCAGAGAGAAUUAAUCCCCCCAAGUUCCAUUGGUGUAGGGCAAGUGUCCUGCGAACCAUGUGAAGAAGAAUGGACGUUUGUGGCCAGGGUGCACUCAUGCUAUUUGGCUCCUCAUCAACCACUCACUUGGCAUGAUGCCGAGGAGUACUGUCAACGGGCAGACGCCAAUCUGGUCUCUAUUAAUAGCGCUAAAGAAUCGCACUACGUCAGAUUAUUGGCUGAUCAACAUAAUCCGCAGUUUUUGACGUGGAUAGGGCUUUCAAGGGAGGAAAACACGACUGAAGCGCCUUUCAAAUGGUCCGAUGGGAGCGAGCUGAGUUUUACCUCUUUCAGAGAAGGUGAGCGAAUGAAGACGAAGCCGGCAGACAUUUUGGAAGUUGAAAUAACUUACAAAUUGAUACGAACGAUUCGUCAAGGGAAGCAUUGGCGCUGA